GGAUGAACAAAUGUAAAGUUCUCUCCCCAAAUCUGAAAGAGUCAUGGCUUCUGGAGCUGGCAAAUCAGCAGCAUUCAUCUUCUUAUUCAUCAAUGCCCUACUCUAUUUCAUUGUCAUUGCAAUUGCGGGAUGGUCCGUGAAUCAUGCAAUGGAAAAAACUCACGAGACAGCUUCGGUUCUUCCAAUCCCAGCUCGAAUAUUUCCCAUUUAUUUCCCCACUGGGAACAUGGCAACUGGAUUCUUGGUCAUCUUUUCACUCAUAGCCGGUGUUGCAGGCUUUGUCACCUCGUUGCUGGGACUCAACAAUGUUAUGCAAUGGGAUACUCCUAACUUGCAUGCUGCUGCCGCAGCUUCCCUUGCAACUUGGACUUUAACUCUACUGGCAAUGGGGUUGGCAUGCAAAGAGAUCAACAUUGGUUGGGCAGACUCUAACUUGCGGGCUCUAGAGGCAAUGCUGAUAAUAUUAAGCGGCACACAAUUAUUCGCAACAGCUGCAAUCCAUAUUGGUGUUGAAGACGUCGUUGCAAGAGAUAGGGCCUAUGGAGGAAGAGUAUAGAUAUAACCAAGAGAAUUGCUUUCCGUGGUUGUCACAUUCUUCAUAACUACAAUAUUUGCACGACGACCCCAGAUAUUAUUCACUGAAAAAAAAAAAAGAAAUAUCAAUCUGAACACAACCUGUUCAGAUAUCAACAUGAUCUGUGCAUUUUGUCUCCCACGUCUACUUAUAUCAGAUACCUAAAUAAAGAUGGUUUUAUAGUGA